AUGAUUAAUAUGACGUCUCAAAACCAGCAGCAGCUUUUUCUCGGAUCAGCUAUGAAUGAUUCCGAUAACUCCUUGCUUCGUUCUCAUCCUAAUUCUGCAUCACUGUCACAGAGAUCAAAUCCAUUGCCAACAGAUCAUGUUCUGGAUUUGAUGAACACGGUGAAUUCUAUGGUCAAAAAUGGUCAAUUUACAUCAUUAUUGGCCAGCACCGUUUUCCAACUAUGUGCUCAACUCAAACUUAGUGGACAAAUGCUGGAACAAACACAUAAAAAUGAGUUGAACAAGGUAUUUGUUUCUCUCAGACAAGCAUGUUGUCGGGAUAAUGGACAACUCGGAACACCAUGCCGUUUGAAAAUCAUGGAGUUAGUAGAGCUACGUGCAAUGUACUGGCGAAGCAAUUUGGCACACAGUCAGUAUUACGUGAAUAGACCCGAAAACAGCAAUGAGAAUAAUAGCACCCCUGUUCAAUCUCAAUCUUCCCAGGCCAAUACGGUAUCGACCGCUGCGGCUGCGUCUACUCCUCAAUUCAUUCCUCAGCCAAUGUAUCUACCUCAGGAAAUGCCAACUCCAGCUGCGAAUCCUGGCUUCUUCUUGAUUCCAGCUGGUGGAGCAUGGAUGCCUCCGAUCAUGCCAUCAGGAACAAUGAUUCAGCAGAACCCGUUUAUGCCUCAAACAAUGAUUAAUCCUGAGAACUUGUUGAUGAGGCAACGUAGUAUUAAAAAGCAAAACUCAAACCCACGCUCAUUACAACUACGACAUGAAAUGAUAAUCCGCAAUAGUGACAGCGGUAAAAUCAUGGGGGUAAAAGGCCGAAGAGUCGCCUUAGUUGAGCAGCUAACAAAUACAGUUAUCAGUUUCCAGAAGGUUGAUCCUAAGAACAAGGAGCGAACGUUAACCAUAACAGCCAGUAGUGCCGAGGAUAUUGAAAAAGCCAAAGAACUUAUUAAUGAAACUAUUCGCAGAAAUAUGAGCCCGUCUAGGGCUGAUAUCUCAUCUGAAUCGUCCAACUCUGGUCAAGUUAAUGGAAACGAAGAUGACUAUGAUGAUAAUGACAUUUCUAUUGAAACUACUCAAGACGGAAUGCUGAAGCUUUGCUGUUCCGAUCCAGAGGUUUUGCAGGCUGCACAAGAAGCUCUCUCUGAAUACCUCCGAGUACGCGCACGCCCAUCAGCUGAAGAAAGAGAAAAGCGUAAAGAGCGUCGUAAAAGUUUGCCUUUGCAACAAACUAAUAAUCAAACCACUUCAACAUUGAAACCGUCGAGAAACUUCCAUGGUUCUACUCCUAAUUUGGCUGAUGCGAUCGUGCCUCCCAACAAAGGCAGAACCAACCACAAUCAUCAAACAGCCAGCUCGAACGGUAGCAAGUGGUCGAUGACUUAUGAUCGUAAUGCAAUUCUGAACUUACGUUCGGCUUCCCGUUCUUCAGUUGGUAUUCGUGAUAGAGUCGUUGCUGUAGCCCCUGAGUUGCUACGAGAAAGCUGA